AUGCUGGAGCACGCCGAGGACCUCCGCCUGUUCCACGCCGACGAGGACUUCGAGGACGUGGAGGAGUCGUUCGAGGCGUACGUCGAGCACAUGCGCAGCCCGGCGCGCUGGGGCUCACAGCUGGAGCUCAUGGCCCUCUGCAGGAGGCACGAGGUCAAUGCCAUUGUGCACCAGCACGGCAUGCCUGCCUACGAGAUGGUGUUCGCCCCGCUGGAGGCGCGGUGCAUCCAGGUGUCGUACCACGACGGGGAGCACUACAACAGCGUGCGCUUCGCCACCGACAUGGAGCCCAGCCAGCCGGCGAGGUUCCUCUCGCUCCGGGAGGUCCGCGGCCGCGCCGAGGCGAGCCGCGAGGACGUGCGCCGCGUCGGCGAGGUCCUGCCCGCGGGGCUGGCCGUGCCGGACGCCGGGGUGCUGGCGGCGCUGGCGGAGGUGCGGGAGCAGUCGCCCGGCGUCGACGAGGAGACGCUGGUCGCCGCGACCGUUGAGCUGCUGGUCGCCAG